AUGUCUAGUAUAUUCAAGCUUUCGAUCCAAGGGAUUCGGUCCUUCGAUGGGGAAAAAGAGGAAACAAUUCAGUUUGGUUUUCCUCUCACGUUGAUCUGUGGUCAGAAUGGUUGUGGUAAAACAACCAUCAUUGAAUGUUUGAAAUAUGCAACUACUGGUGAUUUACCACCAAAUUCUAAAGGUGGGGCCUUUAUCAAUGAUCCAAGUAUAGCGAAUCGUAAUAUUGUCCAUGGGCAAAUCAAAUUGGCUUUCAAAUCGGUUAAUGAUAAGUCGAUGAUUGUCACUCGUUCAAUGCAAUUGAGUAAAAGAAGAGGAAGAGGAGGUGCAUCAACUCUUACUUUCAAAACUUUAGAAGGGCAGCUUAGUGCCAUCAACAAAGGAGUUAAAGCUGCUAUAAGUUCCAAGAAUGCUGAAUUGGACACUCAAGUGCCAAUAUAUUUAGGUGCUUCUAAAGCUAUUUUGGAUUAUGUUAUAUUUUGUCAUCAAGAUGAUUCACUUUGGCCCUUGAGUGAAGCUUCAGUAUUGAAAAAAAGAUUCGAUGACAUUUUUGAAGCCCUGAAAUAUACUAAAGUCUUGGAUAAUUUGAAAAAUGUUCGGAAAGAAAUGGCUACUAACAUUAAAUUGAUAGAACAGUCCGUUCAACAUUUGAAAAUUGAUAAAAAUAGAGCUUCUAAAAUCAAACAAAAAUUGAAAGAAAAUCAAUUGAAAGUUGAUCAGUAUACUGAGGAUAUUGCUGAAUUGACCAUGCAAAUCGAACGCUUUGAAAAUGAAGCAAAUGAUUUAUUUGAAUCAAAUCAACAAUUCCAAGCUACUUUAAGUGAAUACGAACGUCUUAAAAUGAUACAAGAAAACUUAUCAAUCAAUUUGGAAAAACUUCGGAGCUCCAUCAACCUUCUCGAUGAUACUGAUGAAGAAUUAAGUCAUAGUCUUUCUAAUUUUGCUCAAAUUAAUAAAGAUAAAAAAUCGUUGGUUACUAAUUUAGAAAAUCAAAUUCGGGAAUUAGAUACUCAAUUAACCAAAACUCAAUCAGAAUUCCAUAAAUAUACUAGAAUUGAAGGGUCUCUUUCCAAUAAAAGACAAAUUUAUGAUCAGAAUAUUUUUAAAAUUGAUAAAUACUUUAAGAAAUCAGAAGAUUUUGAAAUUAAUUUCGAUACUCAAACAAACGACUCUAGUUCUAGAUUAAACUUGAAAAAUCAAUUGCAAGAAAAAUUGAAGACUUCUUCUUUAUCCUUUAAGAAAAAUCAAGAAUCUUACAAAAAUCAAUUGUCUCAAUUACAAAAGGAGCUUCAUGAAAUCCAAUCUUCUAUAACAAAGGAAGACCAGCAUAAUCAUUACUGCACCGAGGAUAUCAAUAAUGCCAAUCUCAAGAUUCAUGAUCUUCGUAAAAAACUCACUUCCUUACAUUAUGAUGAAAGCACUUUGGAAUUCGAAAAAACUGAACUUGAAAAUUUAAUUUCAAAAUACAAUUCUAAAAAAGAUUCAAGUACUCUUGAUGAUUUAGAGAAAAAAAUUCAAGCUAACAACUCAACAUUGGUAUCAUUAGAAUACGAAAUGGAUGAAAUUUCAAGAAAAAUUACCUCAAGUAAUAGACAGUCUGAUCUCCAUGCUAGAUUAUCUGUUCAGAAGGAUAGUUUAUCUUCUAAAAAUGACUUUUUGGAAAAAACCAUAACUCGAAAUAAUGAAAAAUUCAAGAAUUUGAUAGGCCAGGACUUAAAGGCUGAUACUUGUCAAACUAUCCUAAAUGAGUCAAUCGGGGAAGUAUCGAAAACGAUACAUAUGCUUGAGAUGACCAAUGUUUCUCAAUCUAACGAACUUCACGCAAAGAAUUCACAGCUUGAUGCUCAUAAAAAUAAACUUGACGAAUAUAAAACUAGCCUUGCACAUCAUAAACAAAGAAUUCUUCAAGUUAUAGAAGAAGACGAAAUUGAUGAGUAUGAAAAAGUGGUCCAGGAAUUAGAAGAAGAUCAUAAUACAACUCUUCAUAAUCUUAACACUUUUGAUGUUACUAAAAAUUUUAAAAUAAAGGCGAUUGAAUUGGCCAAAAUUGAAAAAUGUUGCACACUUUGCAAAAGGCCUUUUGAAGGUAACUUUAUGGAAACUUUCAUUUCUCAAUUACAGGAUAGUGUUAAUGGUAUGAGCGUUCAGAAGUUACAAGAGAAUGUUGAUUCCACCAGAAAAGAUGUUGAAAAUGUCAAACUGAUAAAUGUCGACAUAUUAGAAUACAGAAAGCUUAUUACACUAAUCCCAGAAAUGACCUCGAAGAUUCAGACUGAAGAAGACCAAGCUUCUAGUUUACUCAAAGAAAAUAAAAAGCUUCAGGAAGACCUCUCAAAUGCAAAAGCUAACUCGGAUAAUUUAGAAACUUUGCAAAAUCCUAUAAGAUUAAUUCGAAGACUUCUUGAUGACGCUGAAGAAUUCAAAAAACAAAUUGACGUUUUAAAAGAUGAAUUAAACGACUUCGGUGCAUCCUCUUUGUCACUCUCUGAGUUGCAAAAAUUACAUCAAACGAAAAAUCUGGAAGCUAAGACUUUGCGUCAAGUUAUAAAUGAGGGAGUAGAAUCCAAAUACGUUCAGCAAAGAGAAUUAACAAGAUUAGAUAGUAACAUCAAAGACAAAAGGUUAUCCAUCAGUAACUUGGAGAAUUCUCUUUCUGAAAUAACCAAUAUUAAACGAUCAAUCGAUGAUUUUGAAGUCCAUGUCACUUCAUUGAAAGAGAAAAAAACAAAAAUUGAAAUAAUUCUUGAAGAUCUAAUGAAAAAGAAGGAAGAUAAAAACUCAAAGUAUCAAGAUUUAUCUCAAGACUUGGGCUUUCAAGAAGAACAAGAGAAUUCUAAGCUUAAAGAAUUGGAUAAUUUUGUCAGUAAUUACAAUGUUUUAUAUGAAUCUGUUGAAGAGUUCGAAACUAAAGACUCAAUUUUGAUUGAACAAAAUAGUCAAAGUUUAGAAGAGUCUAGGCAUCAAAUUGAAAAAAUCGGACAAGAUAAGGCAGAAAAAAUUGAAACCGUUGCAAAAAUUUCAAAUGAAAUUAAUGAAGCUUCAAGCGUAGAGAGAAAUAUAAGAGAUAAUAUUGAAUUGAGGUCAACAGAAUGUCAAAUUAGUGAAGUUGGAGAUCAAAUGAUUGCACUCAAUAUUGAAAAUGCCGAAAUUGAAAGAGAAAACUAUCAUACUAAAUCCAGAAAAAUUCGUGAAAAGCUCUCCGACCUUAAUUCUGAAAAUGCAGGUAAGAUUGGUGAAAUAAAACAAAUCAAAGAUCAGGUGAAGAAUUUGGAAGAUGAGCUUCGGUCCGAAUUCCAAGACGUUGACAAAAAGUAUAAGGAGGAAUCGGUUAAGUUACAAGUUAACUUAUUGGUUUCCAAUGAUGUAAUGACUUAUUCCAAGGCAUUGGAUAAUGCCAUCAUGAAAUAUCAUAGUGCAAAAAUGGAGGAUAUUAACAGAAUUCUCAGAGAAUUGUGGAAUCAAACAUAUAAAGGAACUGAUAUCGAUAUGAUAGAAAUAAGAAGUGAUGUUAAUACCCAAGCCAAAGGUAACAGGUCCUAUAAUUAUAGAGUUGUGAUGUUUAAAAAUGAUAUAGAACUAGACAUGAGAGGAAGAUGUUCCGCUGGUCAAAAAGUUUUGACUAGUAUUUUAAUUAGAUUAGCUUUAGCUGAAUGUUUUGGUUCAAGCUGUGGUAUGAUUGCAUUAGAUGAACCAACAACUAAUUUAGACCUGGAAAAUGCAGAAUCAUUGGCAAUUGCAUUGAAUAACAUUAUCCAAUUUAGGAAAGACCAGAAAAAUUUCCAAUUGAUUGUUAUUACUCAUGAUGAAAAGUUCUUAAGUCAUAUAAAUGGCGAUAAUUUUACUGAUCAUUUCUACCGAGUUCAAAGAGAUGAGGACCAAAAAUCUGCUAUCAGAAGCUUGCCCAUUCAUCUUAUUCAAGAUGAGUGA